AUGCUUGAAACCGGCGCAAUAUGGGGAUUAACCGGCACGACAGUGACCACCCUUAUGUUCAUUUGGGCGAUUUACUCACAAUACGCACCUCGCCAACUCCGAGACCACGUUGAGUCAUACUUUUUCAAGAUGACUGGAUGGAUCUCCGUAAACGUUCACAUCAAAUUCACCGAGCACACAGAAGAAGGUCUCAAGAGAAGCGAGAACUACGAAGCGAUACGCAACUAUUUAUCCGCCAAAGUAUCGGCUUGUGCGAAGAGGCUAAUGGCUAAUGAAUCGAAAAACAGCAAAUUGUUCGUGCUUAGUAUGGACGAUCACGAGGAAGUUGAAGAUGUGCUCGCCAAUGGUGUGAAGGUGAAGUGGUACUCGAAUGUGAAGUUGACACAGACUCAGUCUAAUUCUGGUCGAAGCAGCUCGGACGAGAGAAGGUUCUUUACGCUUACUUUCCAUAAGCGACACAGAGAGAUGAUCAUUGGGACUUAUGUUACUCGUGUCUUGAAAGAAGGGAAAGAGAUUGGUCUGAGGAACAGAGAGAGGAAGCUUUACACUAACAACUCGAGUUCAGAGUGGCAACCUUGGAGGUCAGGAAUGUGGAGCAACGUUCCUUUCCAUCAUCCGGCGACAUUCGAGACUUUGGCUAUGGAUCCUGAGAAGAAAGAAGAGAUCAAGAAGGAUUUGAUUUGGUUUAGUGAAGCGGAAGCUAAAGCGUACUAUGAUCAAAUUGGGAAGCCGUGGAAGCGAGGCUAUCUCUUGUAUGGCCCGCCCGGGACAGGGAAAUCGACGAUGAUAUCUGCGAUAGCGAAUUUAUUGAAGUAUGAUGUGUAUGAUCUUGAGCUAACGACCGUGAAGGAUAACUCAGAGCUAAAGAAGCUGUUGCUUGAUACAAAAAGUAAGUCUAUCAUUGUGAUUGAAGACAUUGAUUGCUCGCUUGAUUUUACGGGGCAGAGAAAGAGCAAAAAGGAGGAAGAUGAAGAAGAAGAUGAGGAGAAGAAGAAGGAAGCUGAGAAGAAGAAGGAAAUGAAGGAGCCUGCGAAACAGAGUAAAGUGACAUUGUCAGGGCUACUAAACUCCAUUGAUGGGUUAUGGUCGGCUUGUAGUGAUGAGAAGAUCAUUAUAUUCACAACGAAUUAUGUGGAUAAGCUUGAUCCGGCAUUGAUACGCAGAGGAAGGAUGGACAACCACAUCGAGAUGUCUUAUUGCAGGUUUAAGGCAUUCAAGGUUUUGGCUAAGAACUACUUAGGUAUCAAGUCACACGAGUUGUAUGGAGAAAUCGAGAGAUUGCUAGAGGAAACCGACAUGUCUCCUGCGGAUGUUGCAGAGACUUUGAUGCGGAAAUCUAAUGAAGACUUAGGCGCUGCAGACAUUUGCCUCGAGCGUUUGUUUAAGUCUUUGGAGGAAGAGAAGGAGAAAGCGAGGAAGUUGGCUGAGGAAGAGAAGAAGAAGAAAGGGGAGAAGGAAGAGAAGAGGAUAAAGAAGGAAGCAGAGGAUGCAGUGGAAGCAGAGAAGCCGAUGAAGAAGACAGAGGAAGAAGAUAAAGAAAAGAAAGUGUGA